GAUAUAUUUUCAUAUGAAAAGCCUUUAAUUAAGUAAAAUCAAAAUAAAAUCACAAUGGACAUUGGCCAAUGGUACCGGUCGCUGCCCCGCUUCACCCGCUAUUGGCUGACGACGACUGUGCUGCUCAGUCUACUAUGCCGCUUUGAACUGCUGGACAUCUGGAGUCUGUCGCUGGACCGCUCGAUGGUGUUUGGAAAACUCCAGUUGUGGCGAUGUGUGACCUCGCUGUUUGUGUUCCCCAUCACACCGAACACGGCCUUCCACUUCCUCAUCAACUGCUACUUCAUUGUGCAGUACAGCAGCAGGCUGGAGAAGGAUCAGUACGGGCGAAGUCCCUCCGAUUACCUGUAUCUGCUCAUCGUGACAUCAGUGCUGGCCAACAUAGGCGGGAUGCUGUUUAACGUCCAGUUCCUCAUGGACAUGAUGGUGAUGGCGAUCACCUACGUCUGGUGCCAGCUUAACAAAGAUGUGACAGUCAGCUUCUGGUUUGGCAGUCGCUUUAAAGCCAUGUAUUUGCCAUGGGUGCUGGCUGCAUUUGAGUUUAUAUUCCACUUCUCUCUGGCCUCGUUAAUUGGCAUUUUCAAUGGACAUGUUUACUUUUUCCUCAAGUUCCAAUAUUCCCAGGAGCUGGGCGGCAAUGCCCUGCUGGAGACGCCCCAGUUCCUGAAACGCCUGGUACCCGACACUUCUGGUGGUUUUGGUGGCUUUGGCGUCCCACCGGAGAGUAGAGCGCCACCGCCUCCCGAAAGUCCCUGGGGCAGGGGCAUGGCCCUGGGUCGAAACUAGGAAGCAGACGCAUACACUAUGGAUCCCGUUUUUUAUACAUCUGCAUUUUGUGACAAACCAAGUCCAAAAACCUGAUAUCUUUCAAUCAUCGCUCGAUUCUAGAGCAGCAGCAGCAGCAAUAAGUAAAUUUUGUUAAGUGGGGAGGAUUGUAUUGUGCAUUAAAAUGAAAUUAUACAUACACAUAGAUAUAUAUUUAAA